AUGGCCACAUCCUUUGGAGACCGGCGCCUUGCAAACAUCAAGGAAAACCAAGCCCUCUUGCAGGACGUGGAGCCACUCAAGCGGCAUGAUCUGGAUCAGAAAGACGCCGGCAAGCAGCAGACGCGGCCGGCAGCGAAGCGACGCAAGUUUGAGACGGGCCAACCGGUGCGCACAUCGGCGCGCAUCGCCUCGUCGGCGGCGCGUCCGACUUACAACGAGGAUGCACUAAGCGCCAAGCCGGAGCGGCCUCUGCCUCGCGGUAAAAGCACGGCAAGGAAGGACGGUGCAACUCGGGUGAAGAAGAGGGCUGCAAGCUUUACGGCCGACGACAAAAACUCGCCCGAGGAUAAAACUGAGGUGGUGCGUCCCGACCUGGACAGUCUCCGCGCGGGCUGGGCAUCAUGGACACCGGUGGCGCCCCCGCCGACGCGGGACCAUGUGGUGGGGACGUAUCGGUUCGAGUCGCAUCUCGACUUUACACCCAACAAGUCGCCCGAGGAGAUCAUGCGCGAGGGUUGCUUCGGGGGCUCGUAUUGGCGGCCGCUUUACUCGCGGCACCUACGAACGACCAUUGAGGACGACUGGCGAGAGCUCCCGGAUGCUUGGAUCCAGGGGCUCGACGUUGCGCGCUACUUGACGAGUCCUGAUUACGAUGAGAGCGUCAACAAGUAUGGAAAGGCUUGUGGUCAGAGCAUCGAGGAGUGGGAGGCCAAUGGCUGGAUUAAUCACAGCUACGACGUACGAGGGUGGUUUCAGUGGUACUGCCGGUUCUGGAUGGGCCGCAGGUGUCCCGAUGAUGACCGCCAAAUAUCCAGAUGGAAAAAGUGCGUCGGCGAAACUGGUCGCUGGAGGCGGAUACUUCUCAAAAAGUACGUCCAAAACGGUAUCCGAAGCGUCUUUGAUGAUGACGACGACGACGAUGUAGACGGCGGGAAGGGCGAUGUCAGUCCUGUCGUUCACCAGACCUGUCACCAUUGGGCCUACGAGGUAAGGCAAGAGGCACUGGAUCGCUUCUGGGCUGAGGGAAAAUAA